GCAUGUGUGUUGGGACAUGGUGCACAAGAGUUGGGGGCUUUCCGGUUGGGUGGGGGAAGGAGCCCGGGAAACAGAGUGUGCCUUUGUGAGGGUGUGUGUGUGUGUGUGUGUGUGUGUGCCGCCAGUCUGUGUGCAGUGGGUGUGGGUGUUUGUCUCCCUGUAUCCGCCUUCUCUCUCCUCCUGGACUUUUAGCCUUCCUGGGCUCUCUUUCCUCAUGUCCUGCCUCCUCCCUCUCAAGACUCAAAGUGGGUGCCCUUGUGGAUGAGGGGGGCACACUCCAGGACUUAGUGCAACCCCAGAUGCUGCCUGAGGCUUCCCUCCUGCUCCCCCUCCCUUUCUUUCCUCCCUUUCUUCCCUCCCUCUCUUUCCCUUCCUCCCUCCCCCCCAAGGCUGGCGUGCCAGGGGGUGGGACAUGCCAAUCACUGGCUGUGCCUCUCCCGCUGCCAGCACAGGGCGCAGCUCCCCCCGGGAGCCAGGUGUUUGGGUCCCAGGAGACGCUGCAGGCCCCCUGGAGAAGCAGAGAAGCUGAGGACCCUGCAGACCCCUCUCCCGGCCCCUGGUGAUGCCCUUUCUCUGAGGAAAACCUGUGACUGAAGGAAGGGGCUGCCCCUUCAUCCUGCCUGGCUGCAAUGAACACCUCAGUGGCCCCUGCUGUCAGCCCUAACAUCACUGUCUUGGCACCAGGAAAAGGUCCCUGGCAAGUGGCCUUCAUCGGGAUCACCACAGGCCUCCUGUCUCUAGCUACAGUGACAGGCAAUCUGCUGGUACUCAUCUCCUUCAAGGUCAACACAGAGCUGAAGACAGUCAACAACUACUUCCUGCUGAGCCUGGCCUGUGCUGACCUCAUCAUUGGCACCUUCUCCAUGAACCUCUAUACCACCUACCUGCUCAUGGGCCACUGGGCUCUGGGCACACUGGCCUGUGACCUCUGGCUGGCCCUGGACUAUGUGGCCAGCAACGCCUCCGUCAUGAAUCUUCUUCUCAUCAGCUUUGACCGGUACUUCUCAGUGACCCGACCCCUGAGCUACAGAGCCAAGCGUACACCCCGCAGGGCAGCUUUGAUGAUUGGCCUGGCCUGGUUGGUUUCCUUCGUCCUCUGGGCCCCAGCCAUCCUCUUCUGGCAAUACCUAGUUGGGGAGCGGACAGUGCUGGCUGGGCAGUGCUACAUACAGUUCCUCUCCCAACCCAUCAUCACUUUUGGCACAGCCAUGGCUGCCUUCUACCUCCCUGUCACAGUCAUGUGUACGCUGUACUGGCGCAUCUACCGGGAGACAGAAAACCGAGCCCGGGAGCUGGCGGCCCUACAGGGCUCUGAGACACCCGGCAAAGGUGGAGGCAGCAGCAGCAGCUCAGAGAGGUCACAGCCAGGGGCUGAGGGCUCGCCAGAGUCACCACCAGGACGCUGCUGUCGCUGUUGCCGGACACCCAGGCUUCUGCAGGCCUACAGCUGGAAGGAGGAAGAAGAGGAGGAUGAAGGUUCCAUGGAGUCCCUCACAUCCUCUGAGGGUGAGGAGCCCGGCUCCGAAGUGGUGAUCAAGAUGCCUAUGGUAGAUCCUGAAGCACAGGCACCCACCAAGCAGCCCCCCAAAAGCUCCCCAAAUACAGUCAAGAGGCCCACCAAGAAAGGCCGAGACCGAGGUGGCAAGGGGCAGAAACCGCGAGGGAAGGAACAACUGGCCAAGCGAAAGACUUUCUCACUGGUCAAGGAGAAGAAGGCAGCUCGGACCCUGAGUGCCAUCCUGCUAGCCUUCAUCCUCACCUGGACACCAUAUAACAUCAUGGUGCUGGUGUCCACGUUCUGUAAGGACUGCGUUCCCGAGACCCUCUGGGAGCUGGGCUACUGGCUGUGCUAUGUCAACAGCACCGUCAACCCCAUGUGCUACGCACUCUGCAACAAAGCCUUCCGGGACACUUUCCGCCUGCUCUUGCUCUGCCGCUGGGACAAGCGGCGCUGGCGCAAGAUCCCCAAGCGCCCUGGCUCUGUGCACCGCACCCCCUCCCGCCAGUGCUAGUGGCCCCCCUCUCCUGCAUCCUUUCACCCCAGCUCCAGGGAGAGGCCGGUGGAAAGUGUCCAUGGGCUACAUCUUCAGCCCCAGGGCUCUGCUCAGACCUCCCCUGACUUCCCAGGCCCCUGGGUCACCUUCCUGGACAGCCCAGAGAGUCUCUGCCAGCUUUCCAAACUUUGCUAUUCCCAGACAGGGAGUGAAACCCGGGGAACUGGUUUUUCUGAUCCCUGCUGUGUGGGAAUGGGCUUUUCACCAGGAAGAAGGCCCAGGAGGAGGAACCAGGCUUUGGACUCCUGUUUGCCUUUAGGCAGGAAGUCAGGAGCCAGCAGGGCGGGCCAAUAGUUUACCGCGCAGUCUUCCUUGGCACAGCAAGGGGCCUGGAUUGCAGUGGGAGACAGCGCCCCCUGGAUCUACGUGAGGGAGCUGACACCAAGCACAGAGAGAAAAGUUCGGGACAGAAGGGAGUUGGUGACCCCUGGCUGGAAAUCCCUCCCUGCACAGGCAGAGCCCAUCUGGGUAGGCCCUGGGCACGAUCUCCAGGAUUGUCCAGGCUCCCUACAAAUGCCCCCAGGUCAUCCCCAUGUGGGUCACCUCCAAGGCAACUGUCCACACGUGAGAAGGACAAUAACACCAGAGGAGAUCCGCUUGGCUAGACACACCAAGCCUCAAAGCAGCAGCAGGACCAAAUGUCAGGUGUCCUAACCGGUCCUCUAUGCCAUUUUCCGGUGGGGGGUGGGGUGGGGGGAGGGGUAAGGUGCCUGCUAUCCAACCCCACACCCAUCCUCUUCUCUCAUUGCCCCAAAGUAAUCUCCAUCCCUCCCUCCUGGCUCACAGCCGUACCCUGGGUGGAUCUGCUCUGGGCAGAUCUAGCCAGAGCUCCCGCAUGCUGCCUGCCUCCAGCCUUGCCCCACACAGGCCUGGCCCAGCCAGCAGGUUCUCUUCUGUAUACUCCCCAAUCCAACCCCUGCAUGGCCUCCCUACAACCCUAAUCUCCAGGCCCUGCCUGUCCCCUGUUCUUUCCUUCCAUCCUCAGCAUAUGCUGAGUCUGUGAAUAAAAGCCACGUAACCAGCAGGCACCACGAGGAAUUCCUCCCCGUCCUGGCCCCAGGGCCAGGAUUGCUGGGUCAGGGAAGGCAGAAGUACUGCUUGCAGAAUGUGGGCUGCAUGCAGCAUUUAAGGUGGAUCCAGGGGACAGCACUGAAGGGCUAGAGCGACUAAAGCCUGUGGGCCCCAGCACCCUGGCAUCCAGGGCUCAGGUGAGUGGUGCUAAACCAGGCACACCUGACCUCUGGAAAUGAGGUGACUAGAUGAAACACCCCUAUAUAUUCUGCAUAUAUCUGCUCUGGGGCCUUAUCAUACCCAGGGAGAACAAAACUCCUCCAAACUCCCGUUUGCAGAUGGAGAAACUAAGACCCAGAGACCCAGGAGGAUUAUUUAGGAUUAGCCCACGAGGCAACACCCAGGCUUCCAGGUAGUUCACAACCUCGUGAACCCUGGACUGUGGAGAUGACAGACCUAGGAUCCUCUAGGCCAAAGUACUCCAUCAGGGUAACCCUCAGGCCACAGCAUUAUAUCGGUAAGGGAGGUCCCCAAAGUCUAAUGAAAAGGAACCUAAAGGGAUUAACCCCACUGUCCUGAGCAGUAGUCAUCAAAGCAUAGUAGUGGCUAGGAGUCCCAAGGCCAAUUUAAUGCCAGUGAUUUGCUGGGAAACAUACAGAACUCUGCAAAGCCACUAAAGUCUGUCACUGUCACAGGGAGACAAUGCAGAAGAAAACGGGAACAGAAGAAAGCACACAGCGCAGAAACCCAGAGUAACUGUCACUAGAUGCCAAUUCUCUUCCCAGGCAGUCACAGACUACUUCUCCAACAAUGGUGUAGGGUAGCCUACAUGAUAUGCUGCCAGCCACAAAAGCCCACUAGAACCUCGAUGUCUGAUGUUUUAACUAGAGGUUGGGCACAGGAGCCCAACAGGGUACACAGAUGAGCAAAGAUCUUCUUCUAGGCUGGAUAAUGCAGUGGUUUGGCAUGACUCCCCGAAGCCAGCUGAGCUAACAGUAGCUCAGACCAGGAGCAUCACUGUCACCUGGGAACUUAUAUAGGCAAAUAUCUGGGGGUCACCACAAAUUUACUAAAAGAGGAGUUCUGAGGAUGGAAACCAGCUGUCUGUAAACAGCAGCCUUGAGGUUUUCUGGUACAGGCUAAAGUCUGAGGGGGCAAAAAAAAAAAAAAAAAAAAAAUUCCCUGCAGAGAAACUAGUGGGAAUUCACCCCACACAUUUAGCCUCUCCCCCCAGAAGCAUUUGUACCUCGAGAGCUUGUUUGGAGGUUCUAGCUGGGGUGUGCAUCUCUUGGUAUACCACUGACCAAAAGAAGGGCCUCCUCUACCUGGGAAGGUCAUCCUCUUGAACUCAGUGUACAGCUUUGGCCAGAGUGAACAUGGAGGGGUGAGAGAGGAGGAAGACACCUGCCUAGCUAGCCGGAUCAGGCAAAUCAACCCUAGUAAUCAAUGGGGUGACAAAUGUCUCAGUCAGUCACCCUCACAUCACCCAUAACCUUUGGAAUGGAACCUUCCAACACCGUAGGCAAGGAUAGCCCGCUAGGUGGACAAGGAGAAGCUGGCCAGAAGGCACAGGAGAUACAACUGUGCGGGAAUAACCGUCAGAUGUAAAGCCUAUACCCCCGCGCCACCAGCACAGCAAACACUCCCCCCCCCCCGCCCCCGCGUGUCAGCUGAGACACUGUGCUCCCCGUGCUUCCUAAGGCCCCUUCAGGGAUAAAUGUCCUGCCUGCGUCAAAGGCGUAGAGGUGAAGGGGCUGAGGAAGCUGAGCAGCAUUGAAAGAAGUGAAGCUUUGGGGUCAAUGGAACUUGCCUCUGCUGAAGCCAGGGGGUGGGACUAGCAUCAACAAUAGGAGAAGCAGCUCACACCUGUCUCCAUGGUCCUGGCAUGCCCCCCACCAAAUGACUUCAGGCAUGCCUCUUGUCUUCAGUAGAGCCCUUGCCAGUAUCAGAAGGAUGAGGCAAACUGGUAAAAGCACGUAAUGGCUGCACCACCAGUGUCACCACAGAACAGGCUGCCACAGGUAAAGGCCAGAAACACCCAGGUCUUACCCUGUACCUCUGAUCUGGCUUUGGAAAGUCUACAGUGUUAUUCCCUCAGACCAGGAAGACAAAAUUCUCACAAGCUAAUAUGACUGGGUUUGAAGAGUAUCCAGGAGCACACCUGUGCAAGAAGGAGUGUAAAGUCCAGGUGGACUCUGGGUCCUGUGGGCCUCUGAAGAAAGAGUUCUGUAAAUCCAGAGUGUAUAAGACGGAGGAAAUGACAUGAGCCAGGAAGGAGAGGGUGGUGGCAUGGGCAUCUGUCCAUCCCACACACUGCAAUCACUCCUGCCCUGAGGGAGUCUCUUCACCCCAGAAACAAAGGCCUUUUCGUAGUAGUAAGGAGAGAAUAAGGCCACUUUGUGACGAUCACCUUUUCUACCAGUACCAGUAGACUGGAGCCAGCCUAAAGAAGACCAACAGGUUAGGAUCACCCCUCCCACAAGCAAAGCUUUGCCCCACCUCCGUAUCCACCAUGGCAUUUUAGUGCCACCUCCUGGCCACUCAGGAAAUAGCCUGUCCAAGAAACCUGCUAUUUGCCUUGGACCGUGUUCUCUAGAAAACAGACAAUAUUGAAGGAUACAAUGGAUGAUCUUGGUCACGCCAGCAGCUACCCCCAAACUCCAACAAGAAUCCAACAACACUAAAGGCUCUAUAACCAUUCAGAAGCAGGUCCUCCCCUCUCUAACUGGUAUUUCAGUGAGGCCAUGAAGGCAAGGGGAUCUUGAUAUCUGGGGAUAGCUCAAUGCAAGCCUCAAAAGCAAACAAACAAAAGCAAGCCCCUUAGCCUGAAGCCUUUAUAGUCUUACUUUGGGGUGGCCUAUCCUUGCAGAGCCUCCCAAGGUCUGUAGAAUCUGUGGUCUCAUUCUUAGGCGCCUAGCUCAGGUUUCAUGGGACUCAGAACUGACUCCAAAUAGAAACUGAGUUUGGAACCUGCUCACCUGUAGAACAAGAAAGUCCCUGCCAGCCUCGGACUCCAGGGGGCUUGUGGUAUCACUUCUAAGGCCUUUGCUUCAGUGAUAAACCAGAGAAGUCCAACGGUCUGACUAUUCCAUUAAAAAGUCCAGCUCUUCCAGCCCUUGUCCUCCUGGUCCUGAUACUUGGUAUUUCUGCCUUCCUGGAACCACCGUCCACACAGUUGCUCAAGCCAGAGAGCUGUAAGCCAGCCUAAACUCCUUUGUACUUCACGUACCCAGCCUACCUCUAAACAGUUGUUACAUUAACCCUGUUUUCUCCAUUGCACAACAGGGCUCUUGCCUACAGUGCUAAAACAAUCCCUCAAUUCAGAAGUAUCAAACUUGUUCUGUAAAAGGCCAGAGAGCGGACAUUUUUAGACUCUAUAAGCCAAGAGACAAAAUGAAGGCUACACAUCAGCACUGGUGUAUUGCAUGGUCUCAGUCACUGAAGUUGAAGGUGGCCGUAGAUAAUAUACUAGAGCAAAUAAGAAUGGCUGUAUACCAAUAAAACUUUAUCUGACUCUAACAUAAUUUUCCCGUGUCACAAAACACUAUUGCUUCUUUUAUAAAGGUUUUCAGCCUUUGUUGUUUUAGAGAUUUAUUUAUGUGUAUAAAUUUUUACCUGUGUAUGCAUGUGCACUGUGUGUGUACUUGCUGACCAUGGAAGUCAGAACAAGGUCACCGGAUUCCCUAGAUCUGGAACUCUUAGUGCUUGCUAGCUGCUGUGGAAUGCUUGGAACCAAACCCAGGUCUUCUGUAAGGCCAGCCUGUGCUCUAAACCUCUGAGCUAUUUCUCCAGCCCCAAAGUUUUAUAGGCUUUCAUUUCUAGACCUUUAAAAAACAAGAGCUGAGGGUAUAGUUCAGUUGUUAAGAACAUUUGUUGUUCUUGCAGAGGACCAAGGUUCAGUUCUUCAAACCCUCAUGGUGCUCACAAACAUCCAUAACAGAAUCAGGGGAUCUGAGUCCUUCCUUCCUCUGGCUUCCAUAGGCACCAGGCACAAAGAUGGUACCCACAUAUCACAUGUAAGCACACAGGCAAAACACUCAUCCACAUCAAAUAAAAAAUUAAAUACAUCUUUUAAAAAACUUAAAAACACGCACACACACAUGCUCACACAGUGUACUUUCCUGGGAUAACCCCAGUAUUCAAAAGCGAGAAACAGAAGGAUCAGGAGGGUAAGGCUAAUCUGAGCUAUAGAAGACUCUGUCUCAGCCGGCCAUGGUAGCACAUGCCUAUAAUAAAAAAAAAAAAAAAAAAAUCAUGAUGGCUCACACUUUUAAUCCCAGCAUUGGGGAGGCAGAGGCAGGUGGAGGCCAGCCUGUACUACAAAGUGAGUCCUGUCUCAAAAAAAAAAAAAAAAAAAAAGAGUUUUGAGUUUGAAAACUGUCUCAAAAAAAAAAAUGCAAACUCAAAGCUACACACAUUUGCAAUCGCAACAGGAAUCUGGAGAUCUCUCAAGUUUGAGGCCAGCUUGCGCUACAGAGUUCCAGGCUAACCUGGGAUGCAAAAAUGCGACCUUAUCUCCAAAAACCAAAGCAAGCCCCUUAGCCAAAGGCCUUCCCAUUGAGCAUCUUGGGUGAAUAAUCUCUCCUACAAAUUCUGGAAUUCUUCUGGUCUUCAGACAGGCUCUAGACUCACUCCUCCAUGUCUUUCCUCUUUCUGAUUCCUCUGCUUGGACUCUUGUCCCAAGACCACUUAUGUAUGCGUCCUUCAGGAUCCAGAAAGAAAAAGCAGCACUUACUCCCAUACUGGGGCUCAAGGUACCUCAGUAGACAACUGGUUUCAGCCAGUCUGGAGGUGGCAGAGAGAAACUGGAACGCAGGAGCAUCAGAAGCCUGGGCCAAGAGAGACAUACUGGCUACCUUAACAACCUUAAAGCAGACUCCAGGAAUAUCACCUACAGCAUGACCUUUUUGACCAAAUCCAGCAACCAGAACUUCAUCGUUUUCCUCAAUAAAGUUCAAGCAGCUGUCACGAA